AUGAUCUCAGCCGUUCACUUAGUCAGCUUAAGGCUUAUAAUUCAACACUGUGCGGAUGGUUCUGGAGAAGACUAUAAACUGCUACCCAGUGGUCCAGCUUCAUUGCCAGAUGAGCAGGUGCCUAUAUCACACAACGACGACAAUGUUUACUGGAAGGAGUUAUGGAUGAUUGUGUAUGUCUGGGUGGCUUUUCUUAUUGUUCAGAUUGUUAAGUCUCCGUUACGCUCUUUGAAGCCAAAUUCUUAUGCAAAGGACCAGGGUGAUUGCGUCCAAAGGAAAGGAAAUCACAAACUGGAAGUUGCAUCAGAUUUUUCCGUACUGCAGCUGUGGGAUAGUAGCUGGUAUAGUUCAACGCAAGACAAAAUUCACUCUAUUCUUUUUGUCAGUCAGAAAAUCUUGUCAAGAAAUCCUUGGCAAGGAAAAAUCACUGAAGAGGUUUGGAUUCAAAAUUCCUUGAUCAUUGGUUUUGAUCCCAAGUCUUCCACUGCCAUUUCCAAGUCCAAUGCUCAUGCUGGGCAUCAGCAUAGGAGUGGCCUUCAACGUCAUGUUCGCCGACUGGAUGGUUACAGUUCUACUUAUUAUUCUCUUCUUAGGAUCAUCAACAAUUCUCCUUAUGUCCUUCAUUCUAAAAAACAGGAAGACAAUUAUGAGGCGACUGUAAACCACGAGUCGAAUGAAAGCGAUAAACUUUCACUUUUACCAUUCCCUUCACGUUUAGGAUACUUUUCUCCUAGGUCAGUUAAUCAAGGAUCUUGUUGA